AUGGCGCCCACAAAGAAACGCGAAGCGCGCGAAAACAAUUACUACAACGUUGGCGUUCAGGGAAGGAAGACCGGCAUCACACUCGCAGACAAAGGCGUGUACGACGAACAUGGCCUCGAACCGAUUUCCGGCAUCUUCUCGUCGCCAGAGAGGUCCCCACCCAAACAAGGGAAUGAUGCGACAGGAUCAGGCUCGAUGGAGAUACAAGAGAGUGCGCAGAUAUCGACGCAAUCGCGAGGGAUGUCACUGACAGGCCCGACAGGUUCAAUGCCAGAACUCACCACAUCCCACCAGAUCUUGCGCAACAACCGAACGCUCCUCCCUCCGCCCCGAUCGCGAUCACCCAAGAAGACCAACCUCGGAUCUUCGCCGCGACGGCAGUCCUCCAUGGCGCCGAGGGGAAGCUCUCCUCCGCCAUCCAGCCCCAUCCGCGACUCCGCACAGCCGAUUGCGCGACGCCUCGACUUUGAACAGGACGAAUCAAGCCUACAAGAGACGCCAGCUCUAAGCGGAUCAGGUGCGCGACGAGGAAAGCGAUCAGACGUGUACGAUAUCCCGGAAGAAGAAUCGCCGGGCCCGGCAGAGAGCGCGAUCUUUGAAGAGAGUAUUGUGCAGGAAGAAAUCACAGCCAAUGAAUUGGGAAUAGCCGCUGAGGAGAGUUUCGUUGCGCAAAUCGGAGGCGAAGAGAGCAUGGCCGAUGACCAAAUUGUUGAGGACCUUGAGGAGCUGGAUCGUGAGGAGGAGUCUGAAAUUGUUCCAGAACCACCGAAAGAGAAGGCCAAGAGGGGUAGGAAACGAAAGAGCGAUGUUGUGGAGGUUUCAGAAGGGGAGCAGGAGCCAGCAGAGAAGCCGCGCAAACGGGGCCGCCCUACCGCAGCGCAAGCUGCGGAGUCACAGAAGAGCAAGAAGACUACGCCUGCCGAGCGCCGACGGUCACAACGUGUAUCCGACGUCAGCGAACUGGAGGCACCCGUGGACGACUCGAUAGAUCAAUCUGAGCAGAUUGAGGAAGCACCUGUUGCGCCGAAACGACGAGGACGGCCACCCAAGGUGCAACCGGUUAGCGAGCAAGAGAACAGCAUCGUUGAAGCGCCAGUCGACGACUCAGUAGAUCAAUCGGAACAGGUCGAGGAAGCGCCUGCACCGAAGAAGCGCGGCCGACCGACGAAAGCGCAGCCAAAUGAGGAACAAGAUGACAGCAUUGUUGAAGCGCCGGCCGACGACCCAGUAGAUCAGUCGGAACAAGUCGAGGAAGCGCCUGCACAAAAGAAGCGCGGACGGCCAGCUAAAGCGCAGUCAAAUGGCGACAAAGCAACAUCCUCAGCAUCGGCAUCAGCAUCAGCCAAACCAGCGACGAAGCCUAAUGCAGAAUUCACAAAGCCCGCGAAACCUGUGGGCAGACCGAAAGCAAAUGCAGAGUCCAAAGCGAAAUCGGCAAGUGCAGAGCCAAGGUCCAAUGGAGUAUCGAAAUCGAAGACUCCACAGGCGGAGAGCGAGGAGGCCGGCAAGCUGGUAGAUGCGUACGGAAAUCCUCUCAGCAGAAAAGACAUCGAUCAAAUAUCUGCGACAUCAGCCGGCUCACGCUUCGGACGGGGACGACAUCUUUCAGUAUUCCGCGAGAUGGAUCCCGACAAUGUCGCUCGCAUAGGACGGACAGGCAGACAUCGUGUUGCGCCCAUCGACUUCUGGAAGAACGACCACAUCUCCUACGACCCCGACGGCAGCAUGUCGUCGAUUGUGAAGAGUCAAGCAGUAGAGGAAGAGAGGAGACCCACCAAGAAGUCCAGCUACAAGAGCAAAAAGAGGGCGCUCACUGUUGUCGAAGAAGAGGAAAUCGAGCUCGACCCCUGGGAAGAGCAAGGCACUCUUGUUGGCAACUUUAGAGGUUUCGACACUGUUGGUGAGGUUCCCUCCAACGACAUCAUCGAAGACACCAUCGCAUGGAACGAAAGGGGUGUCGAGCCCAGAGCCGUCGGAGAUGGCGGCUUCAAAUACGCAAAGAUUGGAUCCAUCGGCAACUUCUUCAACUGGGGUCUCAUCGAACUCGGUCCGGAUCAGAUGAAGCGCACGAAGAACUCACGGUACAUGCACAUGAUCUUCAACGUACAGUCUGGUACUGUGGAGGUACGUGUGCAUGAGAACGAGUUCACAGUCCACAAGCAAGGUGUUUGGCAAGUCCCUCGAGGCAAUACUUAUAGUAUCAAGAACAUCGGCAGCGGGACGGCUCGUGUGUUCUUCGCUCAGGCGAGGGAACUGCAUGUCGAAGAGGCGGAAUAA